UUGGAAACGUAAAAAAAUGGUAUUCUGGAAACAUAAACAAGAUCACUGAAUGAAUAAUCUGGUGUUUUAUUUAUGAUGAUUUCUGUGACUAAAGACAUUGAUUUAUGCAGGACAGACAACUGAACCAGGAAGGACUGAAUAGAACCUUUUCCCCCUGCUAAAAAUCAGUAAAAUGUAUGUGUGUCACUACAUGCACAGGAAUUUAAUUUCAUUACUUUAGGAUUCUUUUUGUUGUUACAGUAGGCUAUAACCUAUAAAAAUCCCUAUAAUAUUGAGAAAAUAUUUAUGGAGCUCAAUUACCAUCCUCAAACUCUUGUGGAAAAUGAUGAUUUUGCUGUUUAUACUUACAAACAAACAUUUACAAGGACAGGCUCCACUUAAUAGCUACACACCUUGUUAUGUCAAUAUCUUACUAAUUUCAGGUGUCCAAAAAUACAAAUAUCAAUUGUCUUGAACUCCAAUAUCCAAACCAUCUGAACACCCAUAAAAUUCAGAGUCUUGGUAUUGAUGAGUUUGAUUUACUAGCAUUUCUCGUAUAAGUUUUAGUUUGUGUGGUCCUGUGACUGAGGAAGAUCUGUCAUUAGAGGUGUCACUGCCUGUGCCCACACUGUAUCACACCACCACAGUUGCAUAAUUGUGUAACAAAUUAUAGCAAACCCAGACUGAGUUUCCUUGGACAAGAUCUAUGAUGUGGGAGUCUGAGUACAUCUAUUUGGGGAACCUUUCAUAAUGAAAAAGCUUGGGAUUCCCUUACUCAGAAACUGGCUCUCAAAAUGGGGUCCAGGGCACACUGGGCACCGAUGGCGCUCCAGGGAGCCCCAGCAGAACUGGGGCGAAGGAUUGCCAGUAAACUAGAGACAAUACGACUGUCACUUUCUCCACAGCUGCAACAAAAAUCGUCCUGAGAGGGGUUCCCCGGGAAAAAUUGUGAAAAGCAGAGCAUUGGUUCCAUGUCUUGGUUGUUGGGUCUGCGACAUAGCACGUUAGAGAACCCGUGUCCAACGCUGUCCGCCCCCAACAUUAACCCUGCUAUUUCCAGAAACUUCCAGCCCACUUUUCCACGUCACUUGAAGGAAUCUUUAAAGCGUCCGUCGCCUGUAUAAAAUGUCUCAGUAUUCGACAGCUAGUAACAUGAACGGCAUGAAGAUACAGUCACCGAUACUGACAAUGGCAAGUAAUGACAACGACCCUCUUCCCCUCGGCUGGGAAAUAAAAAUCGACCCUCAGACUGGAUGGCCCUUCUUUGUGGAUCACAACAACCGCACGACAACAUGGAAUGACCCGAGACACGACACGAAAAAGGUCAGAGAAGUUUCAGCAAAUGGACCCAACAUACCACCAGACCCAAGCCCUCAGGAACCACAGAAGACCUUUGUGAGGGAGAUGAAGCACCCCAUUCUUCGUCCAGGGUAUGUCCCUAUCCCGGUCUUCCAUGAGGGCGCAGAACUGAGGCAGCAACAGCAUCCAUGUUAUUCCUACAUACAGCCAUCCACUGCACAGAAUAUCCGGACAGACGGGCAGACACCUUCUCCAGUGCCAGGGCUCCACUGCAGGCCUAGAUCCCCUUUACACAGCCCUUCAGAUAGCUGCUCCACUGAGCCUGGAAAGGUUGGCUCACCCCUUUCUCAAACAUCAGGGGUUUAUACUGUGCCACAUCACCAACUCCCACGGCCAAGCAGUACUGGUCUUCAAGCAGGUUACAUCCCUAUCCCUGUGAUCCAUGAGGGUGGAGGAGGCCAAACACAAACACAGGCUCAGUUAAAUCCCUCUGUCUACUCUCAGCGCAUCCCCUACUCAGAGCAGCAGCAGCAGCCCUUCCAUCGCAUUCAGACAGAUGAAUGGCCUGGCUACCCUGCAGCAAUGCAGCCUUCCAGAGAAAGGGCUUCUCCCAUACUGAUUCCUCAGCAUCGUGAUGCUACUUCUAUUCACCUCCCGCCUCAUAUUAGAAGCCAGUCACAGGUGCUGGGAGAAAGACCACAGGUUCAGCAACAUGUCCCCACAAGAGACCCACCCCAGAGAACGGAGCAGGAACAACAAAGCACCCAGCAAAAAUCAGAGAACAUGCAGCUCCCCCAGCCACUGCACACAGAAGCUGAUGUCCCAAAGCCUCAACAACCUCAACACUUCCCCCAGCCCCCACCUCAGCAACCUCAGCAGUUCCAGCAGGCACCACCUCAGACAUCUCCACAGCUUCAGCAGCCUGAACAGAUAAUGCAGUCUCAGAAACAGUUCCACCAGUCCCAGAAACCAGAGCAACCACAACAACAUACUGCAGAUAUCACAGUUCAAUUACCUCCAAAGCCAGAAGGCCAGGACAUGACAGCUACUCUCCCAGAGGUCCCACCUGUAAAGGUAGAGGCUGAACCGUGUGCUCAAGGCCCGGUCCACCCAGGCUUGGCUAAAGUACAGCAGAUAGUUGAACGGGUAGCUAAACUAGAGCAGGAGGUGAAAUGUUUUGGUGGAAAGAAGAAUGAUAAGAAAUACCUGUUACUGGAGGAACUGCUGACCAAAGAGCUCUUAGCACUGGACUCGGUUGACCCAGAGGGUCGAGCAGACGUUAGGCAGGCAAGACGGGAUGGAGUCCGUCGUGUCCAGACCAUACUGGAGCAACUGGAGCAACUGGAAGAGCAGUCAGCCAAGCCUGCUAGUGACACAGCGAUGGAGUUAGAUGACCUGACACAAAAAGGAGAGCCCAGCAUGAUCACCAAGGAGAAUAUUGAGAUGGCAAAGGAGAUCUUAUGAUGACUGCACACCUCAUAGUCAAGAGGAGACAAGGAUAAGCUGCUGUAUAUUUGAUAGUGAACAAGUCUGCUCUAGCGAGCUCUCUGCCUCCUCUGCCUACAGCAUUUGUGAAAGUUGCAUGCAUUGAUUAACAGUGUUGGUAUUUCCUGCCAUUCAGCACAUAAUUGAUGGUAGCUCAGUGCAAUCACAUUUUUCAAGCCAAUGUUGUUGCCUUCUGUGUUGUGCCAAUGUCUUCAUAUUAAGACAGCUGUCAUGACUGACAGUUUCUAGUCAAUUUAAAGUUUGAAUAAGAGGCCUUUAUCUAUAAAUGAGGAAAAGUAAAAGUAUUUUCUUAAGAAAUGUUGUGUGUAGUUGCCUUUUGUCUCAAUCAAAUAUUGUAUGAAGCUUUUCUUAAUCCAGCCAGUACAUCAGUUAGUACAUGAGUGCAAACAUUGGAGCUUUAAAGCAGAAUUCACUGCAAGACUCAGUCAACAGGAAAGCAUUUUCCCCUUUAUUGCCACAUGGCCAUGUUGGAGCUGCUUUUGUCACACACAACAGUGAAUAUGUUUAUUAGAUGCUGCUUUUUGGUACAUUACUGAUUUUGACGUCUUUGCACAUUGCCAUCAUUGAAAUGUUUCUUGCUGAACGCAAGCACUACAUUCGAAAUGUAUCAGUUACACAGGUUUUGAUUGAUGUGUUUGAGUGUUUGUAAGUACAUUGUUAUUUUAAAACACUAUAUCAGUAUUUAUAUAAUUCUAUAGUAUUUUGGUACCUUUAUGAACGUGUAACAACAAAUGGAGCUGAGAUGGUCUAACUUAUUUGAGAUGUGAGACAAUCAGCACUCUGUGCUACAGUUUAAAAUCAGAUUGUGUAAGUCAGAAUGUUGUUGUAUAGCUACCAAAGCCACAAUCUGUAAUAACACUAACACAGAAAUGGCAUAAAGCCCUUAAAAUACCAACUGUGAGAAGAUACCCAAAUUAUGUGGAUAAAGUAGAAAAAAACAUCAGUCAUUUAAAAAGAUUUAAAAUAACUUUGAUGAUUACUUGAUGUUUUUUCUGUAGGGAUGUGACACUGUAAUACAAUCAUAAGCCAUCUGUAAGGUAGGGUCACUGCUUAGCACACCUUUACAAAUUAUGGAUUGUGGUUUAUAGUGUUCACCACAGUUUAUGAAUAGCAGGCUUUUGCAUUGUUGAAAGCAAGUGAAUCAAGCUGGUAUGGUUGAAAAUAAAACGUAUUUGACAUUGACCACAGUAAAUGACUAG